CACGCUGGUCACGGCCAGUCCACAUUUCAGUCCGAAGCCAGUCUUCACGAGUCCAAGCCAUCUCUCCCGGCCUUCCCCAACUAGCGGCGGCGGCGGCGGCGGAGGUUGUCAAGCGAAUAUGCUGCAGUUCCCGGCGAUGAUGCGGCAGUGGCCGUCGCCGCCGCUGAUCCCGGCGUCCACGCUCCUCCCCGUGCACGUCACCACCCAGGAGGACGAGCUCCUCCUCGCCAUGGCCGAGUCCGAUCUCGAGGACAAGCUGAACGCGAUCCGCAAGACCAACAGCAACCUGGUGAUCAUAGGCAAGCCCACCAACGACAUCAAGGAGGAGUACGACGCCGAGGUGGAGGAGGACGACGCCGACAACGUCGAUGAGUCCGACGGCGACGACUUCGACCAGGAAACCGGCUGACCCGACCAGGCCCUUCAUCGCUUGACGCGGAGACAGUUCCCUAUCUGCGAACCUACCUGUACGCUUGUUGCAGCUCGAGAUCCCCCAAUUACCUCCCGUUAGUAGAUCGAUCUGUCCAAGCUAUCCUACUUUACUGUGCUACAUGGUGUUUCGAUGGUUCUUGGAUUAGCAUGUUAAUGCUGUUACAUAUUAAUCGAAAUGCCGAUUUUAAUCCAUCA